UUGAAAAAGACUCCACAAACGGUCAGCUGUAGCCACACCGGGUUUAACGUUACUAAGCAAUUUCUGCGAGAGCCACAGACUGCAUACGGCUAAAGAAAUAUUUUGUAACUAAUUUGGGUUAUCUGCGACGGUGACAUGAGAAAGAGUCAAGUCCAUGCAGCAGAGUCCGUUUCCUACCUGAACGGGGCUCUAGCCAAGCUGCAGGAUAUUUGGGAAGAAAUAGGGAUCCCCGAAGAGCAGCGGAUGCGGAGAACCAACGAUGUACAUAAGCACAUUAAAGGCUUGCUGGAUCUGAUGAUUGUUGAAGAGCAGGAUCUAAAGAAGCGGUUGCUAAAAACCAUUGAGUCAUGUCAAAAGGAGCUCAGUCUUUUGUGCAGCGAACUGCAGCUGCCGCCCUAUAAGGAGGAAGGCUGCACAAUCCUGCAGAUGGAGAAGAACUGCCGCACUCAUCUAGAAGUGAUGAAAGGACACAAAACACAGCGAAUGGAGGAUCUUAAAGGUCUCAUUGCCAAAGAUCGUGAGCUGUGCGAUAUUAUGUGCACCACGCCCUUUAGCGUUGACCAGCACGCCGUCCCAUCGGUGAAGCAGCUCGAGGCAUAUCGUACCUACCUCGAUGAGCUCACUAAAGAGAAGGAGUAUCGUCAUGAUGAGUUUGUGAGAACCAAGAAAGAGAUCAUCGCUUGCAUGAAUGACCUGGAACAGAAUCCUGAGACCAGUUUCGAGAUGGAUGUGAUGUGUGAGGAUGAGGAGGCAUUUUGUCUGUCUAAGGACAACAUUACUGCCCUGAAACUACUUCUUAGUCAGUUACAAGAGCGCAAGACAGAAAAUGAGCUCCUUUGUUCAAGCUUCCGAACAAAGAUCCAGGAAUUGUGGGAAAGGCUUCAGGUUCCUCAGGAGGAAAGGGAAUCUUUUUCUGAGCACAUGCUCGGCUCGAAGAAGAAGAACGUUGAGGCACUCCAGGCAGAGGUCCAGCGGCUUGAGUUGUUGAAAAUGCAGAGCAUGAAGAGUUUCAUUGAGGCCAUCAGAGUUGAGAUUGCUGUUUUGUGGAAGAAAUGCUUCUACAGUGAUGAACAGCAGCAUGCCUUCAUUUCAUUUUAUGACGAUGAUUUUACUGAGGAACUUCUGAACCUGCAUGAGGACGAGGUCAGAAAUCUGAAGAAGUACCAUGAGGACCACAAGGAACUGUUCGAGGGAGUCACAAAAUGGCAGGACAACUGGAACUUGUACUUGGAACUAGAUAGAAAGGCUAAUGAUCCUUCAAGAUUUACCAACAGAGGGGGGAACCUCCUAAAGGAAGAAAAGCAGAGAACUGAGCUGCAGAAAAGUUUACCCAAGUUGGAGAAGGCUUUGAAGGCCCAGAUCGAUAGUUGGGAGGAGGAGCACGGCAAAGAGUUCCUUGUGAACGGACAGAAAUUUCUGGAAUAUGUGCAGCAGCAGUGGAAAGAACACCAUGAGAAAAAAGAGAAGGACAAACUUGAAAGGCAAAUGAAGAAAACUAAGCAAAUACAAGAGGAUAUGCUGUAUGGAACAAUGAUGAGAACGCCAACUAAACGACGAAUUGCAGGCACUCCCACGCCUGGAAAGAUGAGAAAGAUGAAUAGCACUUCGACCUUUUCCACUCCAAGCAGCAUUCUUGGUGGAACCAUGUGCCAGACUCCCUCACUGAAACCACCUCUGUCUGCCAGCAAGAGUCUGCGAACCCCAGGACACGGAAAAACAAUGCGGGGAUUAGACCGGAAUAAGGAAAACCUCUCCCAUCUCAGAAAUCCUCCAUGUGGCACGUCGAAGUCUCAGGAUGCUCAAGAUCUCACCUUCACCAUUAACUCUAUUGCGGGCUCCUACUCGGAAUUUGCGAGGGACCUCUCGAAGGCUGCUACAUCGUCUGUGGAGACGGGCCUGCUGAACUCCACGGUCAGCCAUCAGUAACCGUUCAAAGCCAUUUUCACUUAUGUAAAUACUUCUCCUGUCAUAAGAUGCUGUGACAUUUUAAUGCUUUUUUUUUCACUUUUUAAAAAUCUGUCAAUAAAAUUUUUAAAACAUUUUAA